AUGGGUUUGAAUGGGUUUGAACGGGCUAGAACAGUCAGAGGUAGUCCCUCGGUGGGCGCACACCUGGCCUUCCUGCUCACGGCACAGGCGGAAGGCAGAGUGAUCCAUUGGCAAGACAACCUGGUGUUGGUCGCGCAUGAUGACAGCAGCAGCAACCGCACGCCCUCAGGAUCAACUUUUACACGCCAGUGGCUGCACUUUGCUGCUCACACGUACCCAUCGGGGCCGGACCACCGACCGAUCAGAGGAAUUCCCUCAAGUCUCUUCUCCCCCACUACUUUUGAGGUGCCUCAAAAGUCCUUUGUCCCCCUCACCUCUUCCCCCCUCUCUUCCCCGAACCCCCUCUCUCUCUUCCUCCCCCUCCCCUCCAGCCAUCGGGGCCAGACCACCAACCGAUCGGAGAAAUUUCCCGAGAUCUCCCCCACAGCUGACGUCACGCUGUUUGAAGGAGGCUACUGGGCAGCUUCCUUCUGCCGCCAGCCCCUCAAGGCGCUCCGAGUGCACCUCAAGGAGUUUGCCCGCUGGGCGCUUACCGCCGCGCCCGCUAAAGGCCGGGUUAUUUUCCGAACUAUCCCGUCUUUUCCGGUGGCUGGGGAGUGGUGCCAGUCGUGCUAUCCCGGGCCACGUUCGAACCGGGUGGUUAUGGCGAUCAAUGCACUGUUGAAGCAGAUAGUGCAAGGAGGGAUAGAGAAGCUGGUCUAUCUUGAUUCUAGCUUGCAGGUCUUACCCGAAGACUCUGAGGAGGAGGGAGGAAACGCAGAAAGAGCAUCACCAACACCAUCACCAUCACCAUCACCACCACCACCAUCAUCAUCAGCCGAAUCCGCUGAGCUAGCAGCGUUACCAGCAGGGGCAGCAAUAGUGCUGGACACGUGGCAGGUGGACGGGCCUCGGUAUGCCGACACAGCAGUGCCCAACGACCACCAUUACUCCGUGGUGAAGCUCACAAACCAAGGUGCAGUGGUGACGGGGGAUGUGGGAGAGGCGCAAGUGCGGGUCUUCAUUCAUUACCUGCUUCACCUGCUGCCCCCACUCCGUGGCAGUCCAAGGUGCGGUUCACAGCAGAAGGAGGGGCAAGUGGGAGAAACCCAGGUGGACGGGCCUCGGUAUGCCGACACAGCAGUGCCCAACGACCACCAUUACUCGGUGGUGAAGCUCACAGACCAAGGUGCAGUGGUGACGGGGGACGUGGGAGAGGUGCAGGUACGGGCCUUCAUUCACUACCUGCUUCAUGGGCUCCCCCCACUCCACCCAUGA